UUUGAAGAAUUUUAAAUAACAUGAGAUGUUGAGAUAUUUUACAUCUCUCUCUGUUGUUCAAAAUGUGGUUGGAGUCUUACCUGAUAUCAUAUUGCUGCAGGAGCCGUAUUUAAUAAAAGUGCUGUAUAUUGAGAUACGAAAGCUAUAUACUGAGAAAAUGAGGAAUCGUCAAAUGUUCCCGCUAGUUAUAUGUUUACCAUUGCUUUUUGGUGUUUGGAUGUCAGUACCAAUCGAUGUAAAAGGUGCAUCAGAUAUAUUUCCAAAUAUAGCAUGUAAGAAUAAAGAUGACUGUGCUUCAAUCAAUGGCUCCUAUUGUCAAAGUGGAAUUUGUGAGUGUCCGGAAAGUACUCCUAUCUUCGUAAAUGUUUCCAAAGAUCAACUAUAUUGUCUGCCAACUUUAAAUUUAACAGAAGGAAAUUGUUCCUACUCCCGGCAAUGCAAUUUUAAUAACAGUAGAUGUGUCGAUCAAUUGUGUACCUGUAAAGAAAGAUUCCGAGAGCAGGAUGGAAUGUGCGUUCCAGCCGAGAAAAGCACACUCAUACCCAUAGUUAUAGGUGCUGUAAUUGGUUCAUUAAUAAUUCUGACAUUAUGUAUAUAUCUUUGGAUUGCCAGACGGAAGGAUUAAAAAGCCUUUAUUCAAGAAAUGAAACACAUCAAGCAGACACAUGUACCAAGUACAAAUACUACAGCAUUCCUAUUGUAUAUAAUAACAAAUAGAUUCCGCAGUGUUAGUGUAACUAAAAUCGAAAUAUUCGAAUCUCUGUACAAAAAUUUAAGCUAUAUUAAAAUUCUGAAUUAUAUGACUGUUUUUAUGUUCCAAAAUUAUUGUAAAUACGAGCCAAUUGGAAAAUAAAUACAUUGCAGAAAA